AUGCAAAGGGGUGAGAACAAAGACAGGUGGGUCGGUGACCUACAAACACAAGUACCAGUUCAGAUGAUAUAUGGGCCGGCAGAUCCAGUCAAUCCUCCUGCCUUCGUAGAUUAUUAUAAAAUCCUCGUGCUCGGCUCGCGGGUCGGCCAUUACCCACAGUUGGAGGACCCGGAUGGAGUGUUGAUAGCAUACCAAAGCUUCCUCCAAUCUGUGUCCAAGUGA